UAUAAAAACCCCACAGUCUUUCACUGACAGCCUGCAGGAGCCUUCCUCCCCCUGCUGCCGCACAAGACCCGACAGGACCCCAGAGAGACCAUGAGGACCCUGCUCCUGCUCUCCGUUCUGGCUGCCUUGGCGCUGGCUGCUUUGUGUUAUGAAUCUCAUGAAAGCAUGGAAUCCUAUGAAAUUAGUCCCUUCAUUAAUAGGAGAAAUGCUAACACCUUCAUGUCACCCCAGCAGAGAUGGAGAGCUAAAGCCCAAGAGAGAAUCCGAGAACGCACCAAGCCUGCCUAUGAGAUCACUCGGGAAGCCUGUGAUGACUUCAAACUCUGUGAACGCUAUGCCAUGGUUUAUGGAUACAAUGCUGCCUACAACCGCUAUUUCCGACAGCGCAGGGGAACCAAAUGAGAUUGGAGAAAGUCUCUCUCCAGAGCCUCCGCCUGGUUUCAUAUUCCCUUGCAAUAGCAUUGCUGAGCUAUAUCAUAUAAAUUACUUCUUAAAUGUUCUCUCUGCCCCUCCUUCCUGCCCCCAGAUUGUUAAAUAAUCAAAGUGCAGUGUAGUAAACAGAAGUCAAGGGGGAGUUAACAAUGUGUGAUUACUACAUAAUAAACUUCUGAUUGGAUACUUUCA